CUCGGGGAGGUUCAGCAUUCGUUUUUAGGAGCGACGUCCGGCGUAAACAUGCGCACUCUUCUUCUCUGUGCUGCCCUUCUAGUUGGCUCUGCCACCGCACACCACGUCGGUGAGUGCGGCGUGCCCCGCAUCCAGCCCCACCUGGAGGCUGAAGACCGCAUCGAAGGCGGCAAGGAGGCUGUUCCAGGGAGCUGGCCCUGGCACGUGCAGGUCAACACGCGCUUGGGACACCACCGCUGCAGCGGGGCGCUCAUCGACGACCAACACGUGCUCACGACGGCCUCUUGCAUCUGGCAGCUGAAAAACAUCGGCGUCCUGAAAGUGCUCGCUGGAGCGCAUUCUAGGGACGUAGUUGCCGAAGGAGAAAGGAGCGCUGACGUGGUGGAGGCUUGCGUCUUCAAGGGCUACGAGGGAGGUCACGUGAACAACAUCGCCGUCCUCAAGCUGAAGACGCCGCUUAACCGCACCGACACCAUCCAGCCCAUCUGCCUGCCCAACGCACCCGUAGUUGGAGGAUGGAACGUUUAUGCGACCGGCUACGGACACACACACCAUGACCACGACUCACCCGUGAAAGGUCUGAGCCAGGCUCGCGUCAAGACGGUGGCCAACAACGUGUGCUACGACGAGAACGACACGGAGGUGCCGAAGAGCGUGUUCUGCACUGUCUACGACCACGGCUCUCCAUGCAUGCACGACAUCGGCGGUCCUGUGAUGAGCAAGGUUGACGGUGCCUGGACGCUGCACGGCGUUGUGUCUGGCGGUGCCAAGGGUUGCAAGGUGGGCGAGCACCCGAUGUUGCACACCCGGGUGGCCAUGUUCCACGACUUCAUCAACAAGUACACGCACGCUGACAAGGGACAGUGCGAUCUCAGAACGACCUCCGCAUAAACGCCGGUUUGCGCGCUGUGCAGAAGUGAUCAAACUGAUGUGCUCAUCGAAGCAUUUGUUAUGAAGGAACAAUAAAGUCACCGUAAAACUUGUUA